AUGUCUCAAAAAGCUCUUUUGCUUGAGGAGGUGGGUAAGCCGUUAGCCUUGGGGCAACGUACAAUCCCAGAGCCCGGCGAGAACCAGCUACUGGUCAAGGUCCUUGUUGCUGGCCUAAACCCACACGACCAGAGAACCCGUGACGAUGGCCUCUUUGUUACCAGCAUGCCAUAUGUUAUUACUAGCGACAUCGUUGGAGAAGUAGUGACUGCUGGAACCGGAGAGCACUCUGCCAAGUUCAAACUUGGAGACCGUGUUUUUGGACACACGUUUGCGGAAGGAGGCUUCAAAAAUGACUUCAACGCUGCACAGCAAUAUGCCCUCGUUGAUGCGAGGUUUGUGGGCAGAGUAGCCGGCAGUGGGUUAACCGACGACGAGGCAUCAACAAUCCCUGUUAUAGUUUUGGCUGCAUUCAUUGCCCUGUUUGCCCCCUCGGGUCAUGGAAUUCCCGCUCCUCUCGCAACUGAGGCCAAGUCAUUUGACUAUUCUAGCGUCAGCCUUCUCGUCAUUGGAGGUGGCUCCAACACGGGACGAGCCGUCGUUGAGCUUGCAAAAUUAGCAGGGAUAGGUCAGAUCAUCGUGAUCGCUGGGAAACAGAACGAAGAGAACCUCAAGGCUGUUGGAGCUACCCACGUUAUCGAUCGAAGAGCUCAGGAUGUACUGGGUCAGAUUCGUGCCAUCACUGGAGAUGAGUUGAUUUACUCUGUUGACACGGUCAAUGCUGGUUUGGACCAAGAGCUUGGUGUCGCAGCGCUGUCAAACAAGAAGAAAGGAACCUUGAUUACUCUUCGUCGGCCAGACGGAGACUUUGAUGCUGCUCGAAUAGGGCCCAAAGCUGCUGGAUAUGAGCGGCGCCUUGCGUUUGGGGUAUCCCCGAUUCACCCGGAGCUGACCAUGAAAUUCUGGGAGGAGGUUCCUCGUUGGUAUAAGGAGGGGAAGCUUCGUCCAAGCAGUUUCGGGGUUAUCAAAGGUUUGGAUGCGGAUGCGGUGAACCAGGCACUGGACAAAUAUCGGGAUGGAAAUGGGGUCAAGAUGAACAUACACCCAUGGGAAUAA